AUGGCGGUAGGAGCCAGGCUCCGAAGCAAGGCGGCAAGCAGUCUCUCGCGCCGCGGACCCCGAAGGCGAGGGCGACCCGAGCGGGACGAGGAGGCGACCGCUAUCCUGGAGCACCUGGAGUGCGGGGACGAAGACGCGGAGGUGGCGGCGAGCGCAUCGAGCGGGCCCGGGACGCGAAGCGCGCGGAGGGUGCACCUCGCUCUCCUUCCAGAGCGUUACGAGCCGCUGGAGGAGCCGGCGUCCGGGGAGAAAGCCAAGAAGAAGUACCGUCAGAAGCUGAAGAAAUACGGCAAGAAUGUCGGGAAAGUCAUCACCAAAGGCUGCCGCUACUUGGUCAUCGGUCUCCAAGGAUUCGCUGCCGCCUACUCCGCCCCAUUUGGAGUAGCCACCAGCGUGGUGUCCUUUGUCCGCUAG